AUUAUCUGCUGUCUGCUGAUAAGACCGGUGACCAAAAAUUGAAAACUAACAUCUUUUUACGCUAUUUUACCAAGUAACUGGAAAUAAAUGUUAAAACUAUACUGUUAAUGAAAUAAAUAUAUGCUGUAGAAGUUGACAGAAUCGAUAAGGUAGAUGUGCUAGUAGUUCUAUUGCUUAUACAAAGUGAAUACGACAUGGCGAAAUACAUUCCUAAUAAAGAUCUAGAGGAUUUGAAACCUAGAGUGGCCAAUGUUAUCCAUAAAUCUCUCGGCUACAGUGAUCCAUCAUUAGUAACAGUAAUUAUGAAUAGUAUAACAUCGGGACAUGAUAAAAGAAGAAUGACAGAUAAAUUAAUUCCUCUACUAGACAUCGAAAGAGGAUCAAAGUUAGCAGAUCGUAUUCAAGACUUGGUGAUUCAUUAUAAUAAGAAUGCUCAGAGUAAAAUUGGUAAUAAAAGAAGCGCCGAAGAUUCGGAAGGCGAGCAAAAGAAAAAACAGAAAGAUGAACGUGCUCAAAUUAUAACCGGUAUAAAUCCAGCCAUGCCAAAACCAGUACAAUUGCCUUCAACUUUACUCGCCUUGAAAUCGAAAAUCGACAGUGGCAUGUUGAAAUUUAUCGCUCCAAAGCCUGCGGUUACGGAUAAACCAGCCCCUUUGAUAUUGGAUAGCGAAGGACGAACGGUAGACGUCACCGGAAAAGAAGUUCAGUUAACUCACAUCUUACCAACCUUAAAAGCGAAUAUAAGAGCCCAAAAACGCGAAGUAUUAAGUCAACAUAUUCGUGAAAAAUCCGAAGAUACGGUCGAAAGCAAAUUUUUCGAUAAUCGUAUCGCUAUAAAGGGAGCAGUACGUUCUAAGCGUGCUCUGAAAUUCCACGAACCCGGCAAAUUUCAACAACUCGCCGAUCGUAUGCGAAUGAAAGCCCAAUUGGAAAAGUUACAAAAUGAAAUCUCACAAAUUGCUCGCAGAACGGGUAUUUCAUCUGCGGCCAAGUUGGCCAAAUUGGAGUCUAAACAGAAAGAAGAACUCGAUGAAGUGCCCGAAAUCGAAUGGUGGGAUUCUGUCAUUAUCAACGAUACCACGUACGAUCAAGUUCAAGACGAAAACUGUGUUCAUCUUAUCAACAAAUCAGCAAUAACGCACUUGGUGGAACAUCCGAUUCAAAUGAAACCUCCUAGCGAUCCUUUAAAACCUGUUUUUAUGCCCUUAUUCCUAACUAAACAAGAAAAAAAGAAAUUGAGAAGGCAGAAUAGGAGAGAAGCUUGGAAAGAAGAGCAAGAAAAAAUACGUCUAGGUUUAGUACCGCCUCCUGAACCAAAACUCCGAAUAUCAAAUUUGAUGAGAGUUCUCGGUACCGAAGCUGUUCAAGAUCCAACUAAAAUGGAAGCUCACGUUCGAGCUCAAAUGGCUAAACGACAAAAAGCGCACGAAGAAGCGAACGCAUCUAGAAAAUUGACCGUUGAGCAGAAACGAGACAAAACUGUUCGUAAACUUAAAGAAGAUACCAGCACUGGUGUACAUGUUGCUGUUUUUCGCGUUGAUGGCUUGAGCAGCGUGACGAAAAAAUACAAAAUCGAAACGAAUGCGAAACAAUUAUUUAUGACUGGUAGCGUGGUUAUGUUUCAAGAUUGUAACGUUGUUGUCGUCGAAGGAGGUCCAAAACAAAUGAAAAAGUAUAAAAGAUUAAUGUUACAUAGAAUUAAAUGGGAAGAAGACAUCAUCAAAUCUAAAAACGGCGAUGAAGUUCCAAAUAAAUGUUGUCUCGUUUGGGAAGGACUAGUGAAACAAAGAAAUUUCGGCGAGAUCAAAUUGAAAGCUUGCGCCACGGAAAAAUUAGCCAGGGAACAGUUGAGAAAACACGGUGUCGAGCAUUAUUGGGAUUUAGCCUUCAGUAAAAGUGUUCUCGAUCUUCCUGACGAUAAAUAAUGUAUUAUUUUACUGUAGCUGGGUUACUGAACGUUACAUUAGGGCAUUCUAGUUUCACUGGGUGCGAUGUUUGUUGUUGUGAUAGCUUUUUUAUGUACAUACAUUAAUUUAAAUAUAAGCAUCACUUUGUAA